AUGUGUUUCAAACACAUAAACAACUCGUUAGUGAUGUUCAAAGGCCUACUCCCGGGCACUGCGGUCACGGCUAUGACCCGCGCGUUGGGGCCCACCUGUGCUACCCGUGCCCUGUCAGCCAAACCUACCAGUGCUUCCGACUCGCCCAUGGCUACGCUACGGCGCCGUACGGGCUACGCCUACUCCCUGUGCCGGAAAGCCCUCGAACUCCACGGCCAGGACCUGACGCAAGCGGAACGGUGGCUGAGGGCCGAGGCGGCCAAACAGGGCUGGGAGAGGGCCCAGAGGGUCGCCCAACGGCCCGUAGCCGAGGGACUGGUAGCCGUAUACCGGGGCCCCUCGCAUACCGGUGCCGGAGGGCUGGCCGCUAUGCUUGAGUUGAAUUGUGAGACCGAUUUCGUGGCCCGGAAUGAGGUGUUUGGAGGUCUGGCCCGAGCCCUGACCCGUCAGCUGAGCGAUUUUGGGCAUACA